GUUAUGAAUUGCUUUAGAGCUUUUACAAUCUUUGAUUUUGAGCUUAACUAAUUUUAUUUAUUCUUAAGAAGAGAUAUUGAAUCCACUCCUCUUUGGGAAUAAACAAUAAAAGAGAUUCAGACUUAGAUAAAUGAAUAGAAUGUAUUAGAAGAAAAGGUUUUUCAUAUAAUUUCACUAUUAGGAACAGUUAGAGGAAAAUAUGAUUAUUUCACAAGUAAUUUUUAUUAAUAUACUAAGAUCGACUAUUAAUAUUAUUAUCGCAUACAUUUGUAGACGAUAUUUUUUAAGCUGAGCUUUUACUUUUAAUAUAUGCAUAUUUAAGUGAUGUUCCACAUUACAAAAACGUAAUAAAUAAAAUAUAUUGUUUUAGCUCAAAAUAUAAGAACUUUAAGUUUUGGAAAAGUUUAAAAUAGAAAAAUUAAUAAAGACCAAAGAAGAACAAUUAUUAUUGAACAAUACGUUUUUUAAUUAAAAAUACCUAAGUUUAAAGCCUAAUUAACUUGAUUAAUAAUACUAAAAAAUACUAACUUCUACAACACUAUCAAGUGAAAAUAAUGAACUAUAAAAUAUUUCAAGCAAAUAAUUAAUUGAUGAAUAAUAAUUGAAAGUAUUUAGAGGAUUUCUGCUUUAUGAUAUAAAUAAAUCCUAUUUUCUAAUGUUUGUAAAAAAAGGAUUUAGUAAUGAUAAAACUUGGACUUAAGAGAGAAUCAGAAUUGAAAAUAUUUUAUUAUAAAUGUAGUAGAAAGAAUCUCAGAUAAUUUGUAUAUAAAGCAAUUUCGGAUAAUUUAUUGCUGAAUAUGAUGCAACAACAAGUAUCUAUUUAAAUAAACGAUAGAAUUCUAUUUUAUACUUCUAUCUAACCAUAAAACAGCUGAAUAUCCUCAAUAUUAACUUUUAUAAAGAAUUAAAAGUUUCAUUUAUUUAGAACCUAAAUUCCACUAAGUAAUAAAUAUUAAUAAUAAAUUUAAGUAAAAAAAGUGCGAUCUUGAAAAUAAACUACUUUAUGCUAUCAGUGAUAUAAUUGAUGCAGAAGAAAGAAUAUACAUAUAAAGAUAUGGAAAAAGAAUUAUUGAUUCAAAAAUAUUAAAAUCUAAAUUUUAAAGUGAAAAGACUUCUGUUCAAGCCUCUGUAUAAAACAUUCCUUCUAUAAGUUUAUUACCAAAAAAUUAAGAUUGCAAUAGUUUAGAAUAAAUAAAAGCCAAAUGA